AUGGCUUGUGAAGUGAACCAACUGGCUCCAUUCCUCGGACCCAACACCACCGACGCCGUAGCCGCCGCCACUUAUAUCUGUAGCCAAUUCUCCGAUGUGUCCAACAAGUUAAUUGAUACCGGCUACGCUAUCGACUCGACUUAUCUCCUCUUCUCGGCUUACCUUGUUUUUUCCAUGCAGCUCGGCUUCGCUAUGCUUUGCGCGGGUUCUGUUCGCGCAAAGAAUACUAUGAACAUUAUGCUUACUAAUGUUCUUGACGCUGCGGCUGGUGGGAUCUUUUACUAUCUUUUCGGCUUCGCUUUCGCUUGGGGCGGGCCGUCUAACGGCUUCAUUGGGCGUCAUUUCUUUGGGCUUAAGGAGAUCCCUUCUACUUCUUUUGAUUACAGUAAUUUUCUGUACCAAUGGGCUUUUGCUAUAGCCGCCGCUGGAAUUACUAGCGGCUCUAUAGCCGAGAGGACUCAGUUUGCCGCUUAUUUGAUUUACUCUUCUUUUCUUACCGGCUUUGUUUACCCGGUUGUUUCUCAUUGGUUUUGGGCCCCAGAUGGGUGGGCCAGCCCGACUAAUUCAAAUUUGUUAUUUGGGUCUGGUGUUAUAGACUUUGCUGGGUCGGGUGUAGUUCAUAUGGUAGGUGGUAUAGCCGGGUUUUAUGGUGCUUUAAUUGAAGGUCCGAGAAUCGGACGGUUCGAUCAUGCGGGUCGGUCCGUUGCGCUCCGUGGGCAUAGCGCUUCGCUUGUGGUUCUAGGUACCUUUUUGUUGUGGUUCGGAUGGUACGGGUUUAACCCGGGUUCAUUUAAUAAGAUUCUAGUGACUUAUGGUACAAGUGGAGGGUAUUAUGGUCAAUGGAGUGCUGUGGGCCGUACCGCGGUGACCACCACCUUAGCGGGUUGCACCGCGGCCCUAACCACGCUCUUUGGUAAGAGGAUUCUUUCGGGUCAUUGGAACGUGACGGAUGUGUGUAACGGACUAUUAGGCGGAUUUGCAGCAAUCACGGCCGGGUGCUCCGUGGUAGAGCCAUGGGCCGCGAUCAUUUGCGGCUUCGUAGCGGCUUUAGUUUUAAUCGGUUGUAACAAGUUGGCGGAGAUUUUUAAGUAUGAUGAUCCACUUGAAGCAGCACAACUUCAUGGUGGUUGUGGUGCAUGGGGAAUAAUUUUCACUGCCUUAUUUGCUAAGGGAAGCUAUGUGGAUCAAGUUUACGGUAAACCGGGUCGACCUCACGGGUUAUUCAUGGGUGGUGGAGGAAAACUACUCGCGGCACAUAUAAUCCAGAUUCUUGUGAUAUUCGGGUGGGUCACGGCCACAAUGGGUCCACUUUUCUAUAUUCUUCAUAAGUUCAAGCUUCUUCGGAUCUCUUCGGAGGAUGAGAUGGCGGGUAUGGAUCUGACCCGACAUGGUGGAUUUGCUUACUACCAUGAUGAAGAACUCAAGCAUGGAACACAAAUGAGAAAAAUUGAACCAACAAGCUCAAGUUAGAAAAAAUAUCUUUAAUUUCCCUAUGUUUACUUUGAACUUUCUAUUAUUUCUUUUAGAAAAUUAAAUUAGGUGUGUAAGUGAGAAAAGAAAAAGAAAAAAAGGAAGGUUGGGAUUUUGACGGUAUAUGGUGGUUGUCAUUGAAGAUAAUGUGAACAUGGACUAUGUUUAUUAUUUCUACAUUUGACUAUGGAUUUCCAAUGUACAUAUAUAUAUUUCCUCUUUAUUUAAGUCUUGAACAUUAUUGUAGAA